CACUGUAACCAAUAAUGUGUGGACAUCUUCAAGGACAGACGAACCAACCAAUCAGGUGCGUUGUUACUCCAAUACGGAAAUCAGACACGUGUGCUUCCUUACGCAGAGGGAUACAUCGAGCAGAAACCUGACUACCAACAAUUAAUCUACAAUGGCCAAAAGUUUGAGAAGCAAAUGGAAGAGGAAGAUGCGUGCCGAGAAACGGAAAAAGAAUGCUCCAAAAGAACUUGCCAGACUGAAGCAAGCGUUGGCGCAUGGUGGGAAAGGCGAGAUCUCCAUGGAUGAUAUGCAAGAGAUUGUCACAGUGGUGCCAGUAGAGAAGAUAAAGGAAAAGAAAGUUGACGCUGUUAUGGAUGGGGAUGAUGAUGGAAAGAUGGACUUGGACAGCAAGCGCAACAAGAAAACAUUGUUGGAUGAGCAUGGACAGUACCCCACGUGGAUGAGCCAACGGCAGGCCAAGAAACUGAAGGGCAAACGGGUUGGCAAGAAAUCAGGAAAGGCCAAGAAGCAGAAAGGCAUGGCUUGGUAAACUUGAAAAGUGAAAGGACUAUUCCUUGGACCUAACCUGUUCAACACAACACCCUGAUCCUGGGAAUGCAUGUGUCAUGAUUUCGAACACAUUUUCGGUAUAACCCGUGGCCUUGAACUCUUGCGAAUUGUUGAAAUUCGGGGGUUAAAGGCAAUGUAGCUUAUUGACUUGUGCCACUCAUCUUAUUUUCUGUACAUCUGUUUGUUGUGGCAAUGUGAGAGAUGGUUGUUAGUCAGCUAUGUUCUGACCAUUGUUACUAGGUGUACCUGUAACCUUAAGGAAAUUCUAAUCUUGAUUGCAGCAUAUUUAUGGACAUAAUCAACUUUAAUAAAAUGUCAUUGUAUCUUCAAUGGAUUUAAAGAAAAAUGAAACUUUGCUACAUUUAUAAUGGUAGCUGGUUAUACCUUUACCCUAAAGGGUAGCUCUGUUCCAGUAAUUUGAUCCUUGAUGCACUAAUAGCAAUGUCAGUGGCAUUUACUUUUAGUUGUAGAAUCCAAUGGCAAUUCCAGAUGAGAGAUGAUCAAUGACAAUUUGUUUUGGGGGGGCGGGCAGUUUAUUCAUAAUAUUUGUCAGAUUCAUGGAAUAUGUGGCACAAAUGUGCCUAUUAAAUAUAGAACACUUGUCAAUA